AUUUGACUACGUGCGCAAUUUAAAAACAAACGUACCGAUGAUUUGAUGAAGAAAAUACGACAUUGACACUGGAAUAGAUGCCCGGGAAUAUUGCCGAUUGUUCGAGAUUAUUGACUACAUUCUUUAUUAAUAUAUGGUAUUCAUUUUUUGAAAAACGAAUUUUGGAUUUCACCUCAAAACUCCCAGUACUCUGCAGCUGAGCUGUGCUCCAGUUGAGCCAAUUCACGUCGUCGUCGGCAUUCCCCACGCACGCGGACCUCGCCCCCUUGCCAUAGCCUAUUGUGGUCUUCGAUCAUGUUUGUUAUUGUGGUACGCAGUGAGUUGAAUCACAGACAGCAGUGAUCACACUCACAGUCACUGAGCUACAGUUCACCAUGACGGGACAAGUUAUUGUCAGCCCUGGUUCAGGAGCAGCCGUACCCAUCCCUUCGGGCUCCUCCUCGAUGAAGGUCCCUACCUCAAGCCCGCCUGAGGGCGAUGGUGGAGCGGCGUCGCCCCCCGUGGUAAUGGAGAAAGAACGGUUUACCACCAAGAAGGUGGCAAGGUUUUACUUUGGUGGUUUAGCUGGGGCAGGAGCAGCGUGUUUUACUCAUCCAUUGGACCUUGUGAAGGUCCAUCUGCAGACACAGCAAGCUGUGAAGAUGAAUGCUUCAGGGAUGGCGGUUCAUAUAGUAAAAAAUGAGGGAGUGUUAGCUCUCUACAAUGGACUCAGUGCUUCCUUGUGUAGACAGCUCAGUUACUCAAUGGCAAGGUUUGGUAUAUAUGAGGCAAUGAAGCAGAGAUUAACGGCAGACAAUCCCAGCAAACCUCUUCCAUUCUAUCAGAAGAUGCUCGUCUCUGGUUUUGCAGGAGCUGUUGGGGGUUUUGUGGGUACACCAGCAGAUAUGAUCAAUGUCAGGAUGCAGAAUGAUAUUAAACUACCACCAGCAGAGAGAAGAAAUUAUAAACAUGCAAUUGAUGGACUAUGGCAGGUCUUUAGAAAAGAGGGUGUAGUUAGCUUAUGGAAUGGCUGGUCUAUGGCAGUGUUAAGAGGCUUCCUAAUGACAUUUGGACAGGUGGCUCUUUAUGAUCAGUACAAACAGUUCUUGUUGCAGACUGGGUACUUCAAUGACAAUAUAGCAACCCAUUUCACUGCAAGUACAAUGGCAGGUACCUGUGCCACAGUAUUAACUCAGCCAGCUGAUGUCUUGAAGACAAGGUUAAUGAAUGCCAAACCAGGCCAGUACAAGAAUGCUCUCGACUGUUUUCUUAAUGUUGCCAAGUUGGGACCUAUGGGGUUCUUCAAAGGUUUUAUUCCUGCCUUCGUAAGACUCGGUCCUCACACCAUUCUAACCUUCCUCAUCUUCGAGCAACUCAGAAUACGACUCGGUCGUGAUAUCCAAGUCAAAGUUGGGUCAUGAGCCUGACGGUCAAAGCUUGUAGGCGAUGGUAAUGAACUUACAAUCAAUUCAAAUAAUAAUCAGGUUUUGGUUUGAGCUCAGCCUACAUAUGGUGAUUACCGAGUGCCUCGUACUAGCUGUAUCUUUCAUGCCGUUUGGUGCGAUAUCCCUCAUCUGUGAAUGCCCAAUGUUGCUAUGACAGGCAACCAUUGAUUUAAUCAUGUAAUCCAAGCCAAGAUGAAAGAAAUUGUAAAGGGGAUAGAUACAGUAUGCUUAAACUUAAUAGUAAGUUGAUGAAAUUUUGAAAUGUUUUGUGGGUUGAUGGUUUCGAUGAACUGUGUUGGAUAUCCUGGAAUGUUUGCCAGAAGCAGUUUGCAUUUGUUACAGGUACAGUGUAUGCAUGUAAUCUGUUAUGUAUGUAUUGUUACACAGGUGCAAUGAACAUGCAUGUGACACAUGCAAGCAUUUGUAACAUCUGUUAAGGCCACUGCACACCUUACGACUGUUCGCGAUCCGAUUUUGGAACAAAUCGCAUUUUGCUCAUUUUCUGAAAA